UUGCCUAGCGCGGAGCUGUCACCGCCGACGGCUGUUCCCGCUCCGCCGCAGCGAUGGAAUGCAACCCCGCCACGCUGCCGGCACCACUCUCGCCCAGAUCCAGUCUUGCUUAUGGAAAUGUUGAAGAUUUGAGAGCAGUGAAAAAACACUUUUGCUCGCAAAAAAGGAACAUUUUGGUCCACUUGUAAGUGUGACACUUGGUGACUCACCUGCAAGAUUUCUUGGCUGACAUCUGAAGAACAAAGUGCUUUUCAACCUGUACUUCUAUAGCACUAUGACUAACUGUAAAGGCAGAUCUACCAUCUCCAAAACAAAUGGCAAAGUCCAUGACAGAGAAGGCUUUGUAAACUGGACCAUAAAUCUUAAUACAAUUCAGUCUGAUAAAUUUUUGAGGCUGCUUUUAAGUAUGGUUCCUGUUGUUUACCAAAUAAACCAAGAGGAAAGAUACAAAAAGGUGAAUGGUGUCUGGCAAGAUGGAUUGCUACCAGUAGGACACAAUUUUAAUGUCAGGUCCGAACAACAUCCAGAGUACCAUCACUUCUCAGAAGAGAGCUUUCAUGGUAGCAAUGGACACAGCCCAUCCAGCUGUAGCCCUAAAUAUGAUGAUUUUACCAGUUACAAUUACUGUGAUGGAAUGGACACUUCAGAAACAGAUGCCAUGUUGCAGGAUGACACUCUUUCUAGUGACAGUAAUGAGGAUAUCAUUGUGGAAGGAAGUAGAAAACAACCCAAAGAAUCGAGUAGUAUUAUGGCACUGCAGAUACUUGUACCUUUUUUGCUGGCAGGGUUUGGAACUGUUUCUGCUGGCAUGGUUUUGGAUAUUGUACAGCACUGGGAUGUGUUCAAGAAUGUUACUGAAGUCUUUAUCUUGGUUCCUGCGCUCCUUGGUCUCAAAGGAAAUUUGGAAAUGACCUUAGCAUCCCGGCUGUCAACUGCUGUAAAUAUUGGAAAAAUGGAUUCUCCCAUUGAGAAAUGGAACCUAAUAAUUGGCAAUCUGGCCUUAAAACAGGUUCAGGCAACAGUGGUUGGUUUUCUGGCAGCAGUGGCAGCAGUAAUAUUGGGCUGGAUUCCAGAGGGCAAAUACCACUUUGAUCAUUCAGUCCUUUUGUGUUCUAGCAGUGUAGCAACUGCCUUCAUAGCUUCUCUUUUGCAAGGAGUAAUAAUGGUUGGAGUUAUUGUUGGAUCUAAGAAGACUGGUAUUAAUCCUGACAACGUUGCCACUCCUAUUGCAGCAAGUUUUGGCGAUCUCAUCACCCUUGCCAUAUUAGCAUGGAUAAGUCAGGGUCUGUACACUUGCCUUGAGACAUAUUACUAUGUAUCUCCUUUGGUUGGUGCCUUUUUUUUGGCUCUGACUCCAAUGGGGAUUGUCAUAGCUGCCAAACACCCAGCUACCAGAACUGUCCUCCGCUCAGGAUGGGAGCCUGUUAUAACUGCCAUGAUUAUUAGCAGUAUUGGUGGCCUUAUUCUGGACACAACAGUAUCUGAUCCUAACUUGGUUGGAAUUGUUGUUUAUACCCCGGUAAUUAAUGGUAUUGGUGGCAAUCUAGUAGCUAUUCAAGCUAGCAGAAUUUCUACCUACCUCCAUUUACACAGCAUUCCUGGAGAGCUGCCAGAGGAGGCCAAGGGUUGCUAUUACCCAUGCAGAACAUACUGUGGUACAGGAGUAAAUAACAAAUCAGCCCAAGUUCUACUUCUCUUGGUGAUUCCUGGACACUUGAUUUUCUUGUACACUAUCCACUUAAUGAAAAGCGGACAUACUUCCUUAACCCCCAUCUUUAUAGCAGUCUAUUUGUUGGCUGCUCUGCUACAGGAGAGGUUACUUCCAAAAGAUGAAGCAUAUAACUGCUAAAGAGACUAUAUUUCAAGGAAAUAUGGAAAGCCAAGCCCAAAUCUGGACAGUUCUGUAUGUUCAGUGCUUUCUCCUUGCAGCAUGACAAGCAGACUUGCUAGACUCAUUGGGGUCUGACCAUGGGUACAACAGCUCCUUCCUUUCCAGCCAUGUUGCUGUCUGGGGUAGAAGCCCAGCUCCUACCGAGUCAUAGCAGGAAUUUGUCAUUUUUGCCUCCAGAAGGCUGGGCUCAAAGUGCUUGUGUAUGAGCAUACCAGAGCACUUACUGGUCUGGGUUACACAUGCUGGCGGAUAGCUGAGAAACAGCCUGAAAUUAGGACUGUUUUGGUGAAACCAGGGUGUCUGGCAAAGCUACAAAGAAAUCAAGAGGACAAUAUAAAAAGCUUAUAUGAAAUAUGAAAUCCAAAAAAAAAAAGUUCCUUCCCACAAAAUUGGGUCAAUAUAAUGAAAUUGACUCAGAAACAACUUCAGUUAAAGCGGUUUCUUUUUUUUACUUCAAAGAGGUCUUAGGGUGACAUCAGUGUGAGCUGUGCUGUCUGGGUACUUGGAUACCUUAGAGGAGCUGAUGCCCCUUACAACAGAAACAACAGUAACAAGAAAAAGCUUGCUGUUCAGUGGUUUCUUUGCAGCCAGGCAUUAAAGGAAAUCUCUGCAUGUUUGGAGGAAACAGUGACUUGUCCCCUCUGGACAUGACACAUGCCAGAUACUCUACCAGAGAAAAUCAUACAGAAAAAUGUAUUUUGAAAAAUGUGUGUUGUUCCUAGUCUGAGAGUUCACUGACAACAAAUUUCUGGCUGUAGAAAUGGAAACUCAGAGAGUUCAGUGUAGGUCUACUACAAGCACUUUACAGUUACUACUUCAUCAAAAGCCAUUUAAAAUUGGAGACAUGUCAUGCAUAAUUUGAAAAUGAACUUCAUGAACGGUCAAAGCCACUGGAAGACCUAAAUCAUAACUCUGGUGAGAACGACAGUCAGAACACUGUAGUCUUUAGAGAUUCUUAAAUGGGAUUUUUUAGUCAUAAUUAAAAUAACAAAUAAAUAAACUUACAUUUGAAUUUCAUAGAUUUGUAAGUUCUUAGCCAGUAAUUGCCGGAUCUUUUCAUAGUGAAGUUAUGGGUAAAUUUUGAUUCAGUAUAAUUUUGAAAGUAAAGGAGACUUAAAACACAUUUGAAAAAGAUUAUCUCAGUUUAUUUACAUCUGUGUUUCCUGUCUAAGGUAAUAGAACGCGACUAUUUUGUAAUGCAUUUUCAGAUGGAAAAAAUUUAAGGUGGAAUCAUCAGUAAUAGCAACAGGAAGUUUAACAGUUUAAUUUUCCAGCUUGGUGUUGCAAUUCACUUAUCACAGUAAAUAAUAAAAUUGAACAAUGCUAUACUGUUUUACAAAUAUUCUUCAUUUGAAUAUUACACUUUUAUCACUGUGAAUUUGACAUGCAUCCACAUGCAUCCAAUUUGACAUGUCCACAUGACAAAUUGACAUUACAGAUGAAAGAAACAAUAAAAAUAUGGUAGCAUCCUGCAACUUAUUAAUAAGGCUAUAGGAAGCCUAGGCAGUAUUAAGAAUGUUUGGAAGGAGUUAUGUAUUUUUAUUUUAAAUAAUAGAAUUUUGGUCUUUUCCCAUUUUAGGAAUCAUAAGAAAUUAUUUUCAUGAGAAAAUACAGAUGUACUACAUGCAAAAGAUCAAAAAUAACUUUUCUUCACCUAACUUUCCGUGUUAUUUAUAUCUAAAGACCUUGAAAGAAUGAAAGUAAAUUUAGUAUACAAUAACAAAGGAAAAAAAACUGCUUUGUAGUGUGUUAUGUUCCCAUUUCUAGUCUUGCAGUCAUAAGAUUUGAACUUUAAAAAUAGUAAAGCUCACUCAUAUUUAAGUAUUCAUGUUAUUUCACUUCCAAUCUGAAAUUCAUGAUUUGAGUCAGAAAGUUCAGUAUCAAGAAUUACUCUCUAUUUCCAUCCUUUGUUGUACCAAAUAAUGUGAGUACUUAUAUUCCUUAUUUUUAGAUUCUUCAUCAUUAGGAUUUUUCAAGAUUUUCCCCUCCCUCCUACUCAAAUUUCUGUAUUCUGCUUCUUCUGAGGACUUUUUUUGACAGUGAGACUGAAGGGUGAUUUUUAGAAAUGCAGUCUAAGUCUGAUCAUGCCUUUAGUUUCAUUUUCCUCUCUUUUGAUUGUGAUUUUUCCCCCUGUAAUAACAAUAAUAAUAUAGCAUCAUUUUCCUUUUAAAACAUCUGAAAUUUUACCAGUAUUUUUGCAAUCCUGUCUCUGGACCCUUUUUUUUCUUGAUCAAUGACUAUUGAGUGUCUUUUCUUUUCUUAGCCAGAUCUUUUUAUAUAGAUAGAUAUUUGGUUAUUUUUUCCCUUUCUUAAAGCCUGCAGUUAUUUCAUCCUUCAGAAUGGAAGAAUUCCUAGAGCUUUUUUUCAUAAUUUUACUACUACUAAUCUCCCUUUUUGCAGAAAACUCUAUAUUAAAUAAUUUCUAUGCUAAAUAAUUUCAGCUCAUAUCUUGAACAGUGCUGCAUUUAUUUACAAGUUUUCCUACUAAUUUUCUACAGCAUUUCAUUCUAAACAUCAAAUUUUUGUACUGUAUUAUUAGGCUUUUCUGUGAUGUUCAUCCCUUGUUUUUUUCCCCUCAAAACCAGCUGGUUUACCAUUGGGAGAAGUAAGGCUUUCUUCUUCAUAGCAUGGCUGCAGGGCAGAAAUGCAGUGUUUGUACUGCUGUGCCAUCUGCAUCAAUUUACUGACAGAAGUAUCUGUCACUGAUAAAUAAAAAAUCUCACAAAAUGUGAAGUGUCAUCUUGCAAUGUCUCUUUUACAACUUUUUUAAAAUCUGUCAGAUCUUUAUGAGUCACUUAUCACUUUGAAUUCAAAACUCUUUCAAAAAUUCAGCAAACUCAUAGUAGGGUGCUUAUUUUCUUUUUUUCCUUUAUUUUAUUAUUUCCCCAAAAUAAUCAUUUGAUUGAUGACUUCGAUUGCCUUGUCUUGACAGUGAUAAGAAGCAAAAUCUUCUUGAAGUCUUAGUCACAUCGAUUCCAUCUUGCAUUAAAUACUAAUGUGAACAAAUAAGUAACCAUUUCCAAAGACUGAGCCAAAUAAUUCUUAAAUGUAUGUGAGUUUUCUAGCCAUGCAAAUGCACGAUGAAUGAUCGCAUCAUUCCUUCACCAAAAUAAGUGAAGGCUGGAACUGCAGUCUCAUAACUUAAUCUGUGGGCACAAAGUCCUGAUUGCCAUCACAUACUGUUACAAGCACCAGUUAAUAUAAUCUGCUAUAAAUUUUUCUUAUGACUUACAAAAUGCAGACUUGUUAUAAUUUGCAUUAUUUGUUGUGCACCUGUACAUUAAUACAGCAAAAAAAAUUAUUUGGGAAGGUUCACAAAAGCUGAGUUUCCAAACUGCCCCCUUAACACUGUAGUCUAAUUUCAGGAUGGAAAACAUAGCCAACUGAAAGGUUUUCAUGUUGUGAUUUUUAAGAGUCAAAAGUGAAUACUGUCAUCUGAAAUGGAGUGUAUGUGUUAUGUCUAAUUGGUUGUGUUAUAUAAAGGCAGUGUAUAUUUUUCUUGGAAUGGGUGCUCCCAUCUUCCAAUGGAACAUGUGUAAUCAUUGUGGAUGUGGGGCGCUGCAGCGUCCUCUGAGCAUCCUGCAGGAGAUGGGAAUGUGCAGGAUCUUUUAUAAACAGGCCUCUUUUUGCCUCUGUAAGAAGAAGGAGCUGACUCAAGGAAUCUGAUCGUCUUCCAAAGAAAACAUCUGUUUUAAAUAUAUUUGUUUGGAUUCCAGUCAGCGCACCUAGGACUUGCAUAAUUAGCUUAGACUACACAGUUCCCUUUUCAAAAGAUACGUUUAUAUAAAUAAGCCAUGCAUUUUUCAUUAAGCAAAUACUCUUCCUUUCUCCCUUUUUUUUUUUUUUUUUAAUUAUAAAUUCAGGCUUGUAUUUUAACAUACAGUUUUGCAAAGCAAGGAUUAAUUGAGAAACUUUUUCAACACAAUUAUUUGUAUGAUAUUCAUUUUGCUGUACUUAUGGUGGAGAAGUGUCUUUCAGCUAUAUGAGUGUAUGUAUUUAUAAGCAUGCUUUUGAUGCUGAUAAUGGAUUAUUUAGUAAAUAAAAUAUUGUCAUACUUUUUACUACUUUUGAUACCUACAUUAUUUUAAAUGUAGAUACUAGAGUUUUGAAAAAUUAAUUAUGGUAGUACAUGUCUUAAGUUUACCCUUCUUAAAGAUCUGAUUAACUAAAAAUACCUAAAAUACAGAAUUUAUUUCAACUUAAGCAUCUCCUUAGAGGCUACAAGAAGAAAUGAAACUCAGUGGCCCUUUCUCCAUUCAUCUUGUGCCAUUCCGCGCCACAUGAUUCCACUGAACCAGAAUCCCCUAUCAUACAGCUGUGCAACAUUAAAAGGAUUCUUUUCUAAAAUUGGGUUAAUCAUUAUGCAUAUCUUUCAUAUGAAGAUCAAGCCCCUCAAAUGUUCAGACAUUCACAGAUGGGAAUUAAAUCUUUUACUUUGGGAAAAAUUCAGCCUGGAGUGACAAUUUCAUUGCAGGUGUGCCUUAUUGCAGAAGGGCUGAAGGUAGUUUUUCAGCCAUAAAAGUAGAUUCUAGGCCAUUUUUUGCAGUUCACACAACCCAGGUGAAACUGUUGUUAAUUUGACCUGUUAUUCUUUACAUCACAUCUGAUUUCAGUACUAGACCUGUCCAAACAGGAAUUAUGCCUGGGUUGCAUGUGUUCAUGUGGGGCAACAUGAUUUGGUUCUGAAUUAUCUCAAAGCCCUACUUAUUUUCUCUCUCUACAGACUGAUGUGUUAUAAGAGAAAUGCAGUUGUGUGUUUGGUGGAACUUUUUUGGCUUUUCCUGCCAUUUUCAGAAGUCCUCAAGCAUAGUCUGGGUAAAAAAUGCUUUCAGUAGUUCUGUAUGUUCCUUCCAGCAAUGCCUGUGAUUGAGAGGAGUUGUCUAAGACUCCUUCUCCCUGGCUGUGCAGCACUUUAAUUAUCUAGAAUUAAUUCAUAUUAAUUAUUUGUAUUUUUGAAAAGCAAUGGUAUGCAACACUUUGGUCUAGUAUGGAGACAAUAAUGAUGGCUAUUGACUUCCUUUUGAUGUAACUUACAGGAUAAUAAUACAGAUUUUAUUUGUUUGAU